UAUCAAGGCCGAUUUCCGAGGAUCCGCAUUGCCGUUCUCGGCCACGGCUGCCAUCUUCAAGACAAAGCUAACUGAUUAUGAGGCGGGGCGUCCUUCUGUCAAGAUGCCGACGAAGCCAUACGUACAAUGGAUUCGAAUUUACUUGAAAUCGUCGACAAUGCCUUAUAAUUCCUCCUUACAAAACAAAAUCAGAAGAACUUUGGCUACCACAUGCCGAUUCUGGGAACCUCCUGUGUUCCAUAGAGGCUCUUGCAACGAUAGUUGUGGCUUUUACAAACAUUUGUUUACUCGGCUUCGAGUUAUUUCUUACUUUUAUUCAUCGCUGUCAUCAGAUGACUACAGUUCUGCUCCCGAUUUGGCGUCCAAUAGGCUUGGUCCAAUGGUUGAAAGAGAUGGUCUGGAUGAUAGAAAACGUUACUUCGGUGAGAUUAGAGGAGUCGGUUCUCAUUGUAGUGUUGAAGGUUCCCAGGGGGUUGGUGAAUCAGAGGAAGUGGAGAUGGAAGAGAGUGGGGAAGACAGUGGCGACGAAUUGAGGGUUUUGGAUUCAUGUGUCUCGAACAAACAUAGAAGUGAGGUUCCUAGAAGAAUCGAGGUGGGUGAAGAAGAAUUGAGGCAUCCCUUGGUAAGAGAGAUUUGUAGGUUGGUCGAUCGAAGGGCAGCAUGGACUCCAAAGCUUGAAUGGGAGUUAAGGGGCUUGUUGCGCAGUUUGAAGCCUAUCCAAGUUUGUGCUGUACUCCAAUCGCAGUCUGAUGAAAGAGUUGCAUUAAAUUUCUUCUAUUGGGCGGACAGGCAAUGGCGUUACAGGCACAAUCCACUCGUUUAUCAUGCAAUGCUUAAUGUUCUUGGUAAGACUAAAUUGUGUCAGGGAGCUAAGCGUAUACUUCUGCUUAUGAUGCGGAGGAAGAUUGAAAUUUGGCCUGAAGAUUUUUGUUGUGCAAUGGUGUCUUUCAGUAGGGCAGGACAUUUGAGGAAAGCAAUGCAGUUAUUGAAUCUCUUGCAGAGAGCAAGAGUUGAGCUUAAUAUCUUGAUAUGUAACACUGCACUUAAUGUUUUGGUGGAAAGGAAGAGAUUGGAGAAGGUGUUAAGGUUUAUACAGAGAAUGCAGGUAAUUGGGAUUGAACCUAAUGUCAUCACUUAUAACUGCUUGAUCAAGUGUUAUUGUGAAAGGAACCAGGUUGAAGAAGCAAUGAAGGUAAUCUCUGAAAUGCCUCUAAGAUGUUGUUCUCCAGAUAAGGUUACCUACUAUACAGUAAUGGGAUAUUUGUGCAAAGAUGGAAGAAUUGAUGAAUUGAGAGGGGUCAUUGAGAGGAUGUGGAGAGAGAAUAAGUUGUUGCCUGAUCAAGUUACUUAUAAUACUGUCAUACAUAUGCUUUCAAAGUAUGGCCAUGCAGAAGAGGCACUAAAGUUUCUGCAUGAAGCAGAAGAAAGAGGGUUCUGUGUCGAUAAAAUGGGCCACACUGCAAUACUAAACUGCUUUUGUCAAGAGGGAAGAAUGGACAGAGCAAAAUAUAUUGUUGAGGAAAUGUUGUUGAAAGGAUGCACCCCGGAUGUUGUGACUUAUACUGCAGUUGUGGAUGGAUUUUGCCGUCUAGGAGAGGUUGAUCAAGCUAAAAAAAUGCUGCAGCAUAUGUACAAGCAUGGUUGUAAGCCAAACUGUGUCUCCUAUACAGCAUUGUUAAAUGGGCUGUGUCAGAGUGGAAAUUCUUCAGAGGCAAGAGAGAUGAUGAAUAUGAGUGAAGGGUGGUGGAUGCCAAAUGCUGUAACUUACAGUGUAGUUAUGCAUGGGUUCCGCCGUGAAGGGAAGCUGUUUGAGGCCUGUGAUAUGUUGAGGGAAAUGAUCAGAAAGGGCUUUUAUCCUUCUCCUGUUGAGAUUAACCUCUUGAUUCAGUCUCUUUGUCAAGCAGGCAGAACAGAUCAAGCAAGAAAAAUAAUGGAGGAGUGCCUGAAAAGUGGGUGUGCUGUCAAUGUUGUGAAUUUUACAACUGUAAUUCAUGGAUUCUGUCAGAAGGAUGAUCUGGAUGCUGCUCUCUCUGUCCUGGAUGACAUGUAUUUGAAUAACAAACACCCUGAUGAAGUAACAUACACAGUAGUUAUUGAUGCUCUAGGAAGGAAUGGUAAAAUAAGUGAGGCUACAGAAAUGACCAAGAAAAUGCUCCACUGUGGUUUACUUCCUACACCAGUAACAUAUCGGUCACUCAUCCACCAUUUCUGUCAGCAUGGAAGAGUUGAUGAUUUGUUGAAAUUGAUGGAUAAAAUGCUUCUGAGGAAAAACUGCAAAACUGUUUAUAAUCAGAUCCUCGAAAAGCUCUGCUGUUUUAGACACACUGAUAAAGCAUAUGAGCUCUUGGAGAAGGUUCUGAGAAAAGCAUCUACAUUUGACAAGAAUACUUGCCACAUUAUUAUGAGAAGUUAUCUGAAGAAUGGGAAUCCUCUUGGAUCAUAUAGAGUGGCUUGUAGGAUGUUUAACCGGAAUUUAGUUCCUGACUUAAAGCUGUGUGAGGAAGUAAGUAAAAAAUUGAUUCUAGAGAAGAAAUUAGACGAGGCAGAUAAGCUUAUAAUGCGGUUUGUUGAGCGUGGAUCUGUUCCUCCUCGGGGUGAACGGGUGGGAUAUGAAUGUUCUUCAUGAUUAACCUGCAAUCAGUGCUACCUAUUUUUAGUUCACAUAUCUUUUCUGUUUUAGUUCAGGCUAUGCAGAAAAUGUUGUUACCACACAAAGCAUUCAGUUCAGCUCAAGCAAAAUGUAUGAACUGAUAUGCCAACUUAUUGGGGAAGUUACACUCAUGCAUUGAACUUAAUGGUGCUUCAUUUUAAAGUAUCAUUGGUUUCUCCACUGAUUCACUGUUUCAUGAGAAUCAGUGAAAAGUUUGAAUAUGCUGAUUUGACUAUUUUUAGAUAUGAGAUGAAAUUCCCUAGGAAAACUUGAUACCAACUUGGUGUGAGAUCAAUGUUGCCUAACAAAAUGUCUAUCAUUAUCAAGCUGACAUCUCUGUUAAGAAGGUUUCUAGUUUGAGAAGAGGCAGGAUUUGUUUUUUGGACCAUGCAUCAGAAUAAGUGCAGCCUGGGCAAUUGGAUCUUUACUAUUGGUCGGGACACUUUAGUUGGUUUAUUUAUCUCUCCCCUGGUUUGUUAUCUACAAGGGAAUUUUCGCACCACACUUGGGGACACUAAACUGAUUGCACCUUUAGAAAAUUGAGUUGUUGACUGGAAACAAAUCAAGGUUAUUCUGUUCAUGUCAAAGUAUUCUAAGAUGUGAGUUCAUUGUUCACUGAUUGCUGAACUUUCAUAGGUUACAGGUUUACGUAUUGAAGUGGGUGGUGGUGGCGGCACGCGCAAAUUAUCCAACUGCAUAUUUGUUAUUUAAUUAUUUUAUAAAACGAUGAUAAAUCAGAUCAGGUCAGGGGGCUAAAUCAAUGAGAAGCAGCUUUCCAGAUAAGCAGGAACCGUCGUUACUAAAUUUCUACUACUCCAUGCUUAUAGCGGUAGUCCCGGACCCGCUUCAAAUUUUAUUAUGUAUAUGCGGAUUUUCUGUGAUGUGAUUAAUUAUGGCCAGCAUACUAUAACGAAGAAGAAAAUGUUUUUUAAAUUGUUUGUAAUUUCAACUAAUGAUUUAUUAUUAUUAUUUGGAAAUGCAUCAUAGAUGAUAUAUGGUCAAAAGAUGAUGAGAUGAAGAGGUGCAGCUUUGGAAGUGGGGGUCCCUGGAGCUUGGUCCUUGUUAAAUCCGGACCGCUGGAUGUGGGGAUAGUGGGGCCGAGGCCACGGAUGGUGUGGGCCUUGGAGUCCCGGGUAAUUAUAUGUGUCAUAACGUAUGCUGUUGGCGCAGUAUAAACAAACGCAUGCAAAUGGCUAAUAAUUAGCUGUAAUCACUGCUCUCAUACACGCUCUGCCGCACCGCCGCCGCAAACGGACAACUUGUCGCC